ACGAUUCAUAAAAUAACUAAAAACUGUAAUAUGGUUAAGUGUAGCUUGUUAAAUUAUUGUUACACACUAAACAUACAGGUAUUUUUUAGGUUGCUAGAGGUAAUAGUCUCUUUCUGAUUUUCAUUUCAGAAAAUGUACGCAUACCCCGUUUUUCGCCGACAAUUGGCAACAUCAUCACGACUCCUCAUGGCGCCAUCGCCAGAGGCGAAUCGCCUUGAAAAUGUUGAGUCUGGAAGGGCUAAACCGAAGGAGCAGGUGCUGGCAGAGGCCAGUUCUUUUGUCAGCUCAAAUGGUGGAGACCCCAGUGACCAGUUUUUAGUACUGGCUCACUGCAAACUUCAGUUUGGGAAGUACCAGGGUCAGAGAUUCAGAUGGCUCCUGGAAAACUCGCUGGGGUACGCAGUUUAUUUGGUACUCAGCAUUUCCAAUGAGACGGCGAACACAACCCCCCUGUCACAAAAUAAACAACUGUUCCUACAGUACACCUCUCAUAUUAGAGAGAUGGCAGAAGAAGUGGAGAAGUACGAGAGGAAGCAAGAAAUGCAAGCUGAAGCCCGGGCAGUUGGAGACCAGGGCUGCUUGAUGGUGGAGUUUGGUGACUUCCAGGGCCGGUCCAUGAAGGAUGUUUAUGAGGACCAGAGCAAGGAGGCCAAAGCCCUCAUCAGAUACCUGGUUAAGGCAGAUGCCAGGCCCAACACAAACAUGGCCAUUUUCAAAAGCUAUGUAGUGAAAAGACAGGCUUCUGCUGUGGGCAGCAGUGUACGUCAGCCUACACCUCCAUCUGCAACAUCCAGUGCUUCUGCACAACCACCCGCAGCCUCCACUGCGUCUGCAUCUCCGCUAAAAGCACUCCAAACUGGUGUAUCGCAGACUGCCAGUGUGAAAGCGCUGUUGGCACGUGGGAAACAUUUGUCUCCUUCACAGCUCGCCAGAAAACUCCUUUCACCAGUUAAAUCCUAUCCAUUACUGAAGGUCCCUUUACCUCCUCCAGCACCAGAACUCCCUGCCAAACAUUUGGCCCAAAGGCAGCUUUUCGUAACUGACACUUCCGUUCCCGCUGCUGAAGAUGAUGCGGAGCUGAUGUUUGCUGCAUCACAAUGUGAAGCACAACUAACUACAGAGGCCUGUGCCGGUCCGUCUCCAUCAGCCGAAACAGCAAGAACACCAGAUCUUCCACAUCAUCAGCCAUCGGCUGAGCUUCCAAGCCACUGGAAAGAUCAUCUUCCACCUUUCCAGCAUGAGUGGAUCCGGAACACACUAUUCGUGGCCAACCUGCGAACCGGCAAGCCAGAACUAGUGUGCCAGCUGAAGCUUUGGUGGCAUCCUCCUCAGCCCCCUUUAAUUCACACUCAGCCACCCGCCUCACCUGACCUCUUCUUCUACUGUGGUAGGCACAGACUGACAGCGGCAGGACUCUACCGUACUGUGCGCAAGGUCUUAGACAUCGACAGGUGGUAUGACCUUGCCACUGAGUAUCUGGAGUGCAAAGGCUGCAAAAAGAAGUAUUCCGCCUGGUCUGAGGACAUCUUAGGACACCUGGAUAUGGGCCACCGCAGUCAGUUUCCAGCUUUGCUGACAUACAGAUACUCAUGUGACAACAGGGUGCUGAGGAUGAUGAGGGAGAGGACACUGGGCAACAGUGUGACUCAGCUUUACAAGAAGCUGAUGGAACAACACAGUGAGGCAUGGACACAGCGUGUCCUGCAGUACCUUACUGCCUGUGAACCAUUCACAACGUCCUCCCUUGUGCAGCCUCCUGUGUUUGCUGAGCCUCCUCUCUUCCCUGCCCUACCUAAACCUAAGUGGCUGUUAGCUGUGUACGCCAGGGAUGUUCUGGGGCGACUGCACGAGGUCAAGGCCAAAAUUACUUCUAUCUUUGGUUGUGUUCUCAAGAUGGACUCCACAAAAAAGGUCACAAAGAAACUUGCCGGUGCUGCUUCAGGAACAGCUGCCUGGUGCACAAAUGUUGGGAAUGAGCAUGGUCAAGUCCUUGUAUCUGUUCUGACAGCCGCCGAGGGACAUGGACUGGACUCCAUGGCAGCUGGCCUCAUGAAACGCUACCGGGAGGCAGGACAGGCUGCCCCAAAAGUGAUGUACGUGGACAGAGAUUGCUGCAGUCAGCACGGCCAGUCUUGGGUGAAGGUCAUGUUUUCAGAGUGGGAUGAGCUUGAAGUGCGCCUCGACAUCUGGCAUUUCAUGCGGCGAUUUGCUGCAGGUGUCACUACAGAGGCUCAUCCGCUUUACGGCAUCUUCAUGGCACGUCUAUCCACGUGCAUCUUUCAGUGGGAUCCAGAGGAUGUGGCUGCUCUUCAGCGUGCAAAGGUGGGUGAGCUGGCGGCAAAUAAGACUGGCCCCAUCUCAGAAAAGGUGGUCAGUGCUCGCAUUACCAGGAGAGAGUUGGCACUGCACUGCCGGAGGAGGACCAGGGGUGUGGAGGAGACCACCAGAUUGAUUGGAGCACUGAUCGAUCUGUUUGACAGUGCAGACGGGAAGGACACUCUGGGAGUUCCUCUGCUGGACCACGAACGGAUCCGGCAGAUUUGGAAAGAACAGCGGAAGCACGUGCAGUGUAUCCAAGACCCAGAGAACUUUCCACUCUACAUGAGGAAGGGGACACUGAAGAAAGGUGGCGUGGAGCUCUGCUGCUACAGAUGUGCCCAUGGCUCUACAUCCUUGGAGUCAUUCCACCUCCACCUGAACCGAUUUAUUCCAGGAACCAGUGCCAGUGAUGCGCAUUUUCAGGCCUAUCUCCUCGAGGGCUUGAUGCGUUGGAAUGAUGACCGGAUGGAAGACGCCAUAAAAGGAGCAUCCUCCAUCCGGUCAUUUGGCAGUGCCAUGAAAGAGGCUGUGGAGCGGCUUAGCCUAACAGUCUUUGGGAAGCCCUGGGAUGAGCGCUAUCGCCCUCCUGGAGCAUAUACAGGCAAGACAUUUUGUAUAUCUGUAUAA